AGAGUCCAGAAGCCCAGCAGGAAGCAAUGAGAUGGCAAGAACAAGGCUAAAAAAGUUUACGACGCUGGAGCUUGUACUCAGUGCUCUUCUGCUUAUAGUGUUUAUCAUUGCUGUUGUUCUCAUUGUGCUUCUAGCCAAUUCCACAGAAGUAAUAGACACACAUCCUGGGACAACUGGUACCCCAGGUCCUGGGACUACAAGUACUACUCCCAGUUCUGUUGAGUGCCCCGUGGUGAAUGACUUGGAACGGAUAAACUGCAUUCCUGACCAGCCACCAACAAAGGACAUAUGUGACCAGCGUGGCUGUUGUUGGAACCCUCAUGGAACCACAGACAUCCCCUGGUGCUACUAUUCCAAGAAUCAUGGCUACAACAUAGAGGGUGAUCUUGCAAACACAAAUGCAGGAUUCACAGCCCAGUUGAAAAGUCUGCCAUCAUCAUCCCUGUUUGGAAAUAACAUCGACAACAUCCUCCUGACAGCAGAAUACCAGACAUCUAACCGUUUCCACUUUAAGUUGACUGACCAAUCCAAAGACAGGUAUGAAGUACCCCAUGAACACGUGCAACCCUUCCGUGGAAAUGCUGCUUCCUCCUUGAACUACGAGGUUGAGGUCUCCAAACAGCCAUUUAGCAUCAAAGUGACCAGAAGAAGCAACAGCCGUGUCCUGUUUGACUCGGGCAUUGGGCCUCUCCUGUUUGCAGACCAGUUUCUUCAGCUUUCCAUUCGCUUGCCCAGUGCUAAUGUGUAUGGUCUGGGAGAACACGUGCACCGGCAGUACCGGCACCACAUGAACUGGGAGACGUGGCCCAUAUUUGCCAGGGACACAACCCCCAACGGGGAUGGAACUAACUUGUAUGGUGCUCAGACAUUCUUCCUGUGUCUUGAAGACGCUAGUGGAUUAUCCUUUGGGGUGUUUCUGAUGAACAGCAAUGCCAUGGAGGUCAGCCUCCAGCCUGCUCCAGCUGUCACUUACCGCACCAUUGGCGGUGUUCUGGAUUUCUAUGUGUUCUUGGGAAACACACCUGAGCAAGUGGUUCAAGAAUAUCUAGAGCUCAUUGGACGGCCAUCCCUGCCUUCAUACUGGACACUGGGAUUUCACCUUAGUCGAUAUGAUUAUGGAACCCUAGAAAAAAUGAAAGCAGUCGUAGACAGAAACCGUGCAGCACAACUCCCUUAUGAUGUUCAGCAUGGUGAUAUUGAUUACAUGGAUGAGAGGAAGGACUUUACCUACAACCCAGUGGGUUUUAAAGGCCUCCCUGAAUUUGUUAAGGAGCUACAUGGAAAUGGACAGAAAUUUGUCAUCAUUGUGGAUCCAGCCAUCUCCAACAACUCUUCCCUAAGUCAUCCUUAUAGCCCAUACGACAGGGGCUCAGCUCUGAAGAUAUGGGUGAAUGAUUCAGAUGGAGUAAACCCACUCAUUGGGGAGGUCUGGCCUGGGAAAACUGUCUUCCCUGAUUAUUCUAAUCCCAACUGUGCUGCUUGGUGGGCAAAUGAAUUUGAGCUUUUUCACAACCAAGUGGAGUUUGAUGGAAUUUGGAUCGAUAUGAAUGAAGUUUCCAACUUUGUUGAUGGUUCCAUUUCAGGAUGUGCCACAAACAACCUCAAUCAUCCCCCAUUCACUCCCAGGGUCCUUGAUGGAUACCUGUUCGCCAAGACUCUCUGCAUGGAUGCAGUACAGCAGUGGGGCAAGCAGUACGACGUGCACAACCUGUAUGGCUACUCCAUGGCGAUCGCCACUGAAGGAGCUGUUAAGACUGUGUUCCCUGGGAAGAGAAGCUUCAUCUUAACACGUUCUACCUUUGCGGGGUCCGGCAAGUUCGCAGCCCAUUGGCUAGGGGACAACUCGGCCACCUGGAGUGACCUUCAGUGGUCCAUCCCUGGCAUGCUUGAGUUCAACCUUUUUGGUAUCCCAAUGGUGGGCGCAGAUAUAUGUGGCUUUGCACUUGACACUUCUGAGGAGCUCUGCACGCGGUGGAUGCAGCUGGGAGCCUUUUAUCCAUUUUCCAGGAAUCACAAUGGCCAAGGAUUCAAGGACCAGGAUCCUGCUUCCUUUGGAGCUGACUCCUUGCUGCUGAAUUCCUCCAGGCACUACCUUAACAUCCGUUAUACACUGCUGCCUUACCUCUACACCCUCCUCUACCACGCGCACAGCCGGGGAGGCACCGUGGCAAGGCCCCUUGUGCACGAGUUCUAUGAGGACAGCAACACAUGGGAUGUGCAUCGACAGUUCCUCUGGGGGCCGGCCUUCCUCAUCACGCCUGUUCUAGAGGAGGGUGCAGAUAGAGUGAAGGCAUACGUGCCUGAUGCUGUCUGGUAUGACUAUGAGACGGGGGCCAAGUUGAGAUGGAGGAAGCAAGAGGUAGAGAUGGAACUUCCUAGGGACAAAAUCGGACUUCACCUUCGAGGAGGCUACAUCUUCCCCACACAGCAGCCAAGUACAACCACUAUGGCCAGCCGCCAGAACCCUCUUGGUCUUAUCAUUGCCCUGGAUGAGAACAAUGAAGCCAGAGGUGAACUUUUCUGGGAUGAUGGGCAGUCAAAGGAUACUGUUGCCAAUGAUGUGUAUGUUUUAUGUGAGUUUUGGGCCAAUCGGACCCACCUGGAUGUGACUAUUUCCAAAGCAACCUACAAAGAUCCCAAUAACUUAGCAUUUCAAGAGAUUAAAAUUCUUGGGACUCAGGUACUGAGCAGCGUCACAGUGAAACAGCAUGGUGUCUUAACUCCAAUGUCUCCCAACGUCACUUAUGAUGCUAACCUGAGGGUUGCUGUGAUCACAGGAAUCCAUCUAGUCCUGGGAGAAGCAUACACGGUGCAGUGGGACAUGGGCAUAAGGGACCAGGAGAAAAUAGACUGUUAUCCCGAUCAACAUGGAGCUACUGAGGCCAACUGCAUGGCCCGAGGCUGCGUCUGGGAGGCAUCCAGUAUCCCUGGGGUCCCACACUGCUACUUUGUGAACGAUCUGUAUUCAGUCAGCAAUGUGCAGUAUAACUCCCAUGGGGCCACAGCUGACAUCUCCUUGAAGUCUUCUCCUUAUGUCACUGCCUUCCCCUCCACACCUGUGAGCCCCCUGCGCCUGCUCGUGACCUACCACAAGAAUGAAAUGCUGCAGUUCAAGAUUUUUGAUCCCAACAACAAGCGAUAUGAAGUCCCAGUCCCUCUGAACAUCCCCAGCACUCCAUCCAGCUCUUCUGAGGCCCGACUCUAUGAGGUUCUCAUUAAGGAGAAUCCAUUUGGGAUUGAAAUUCGCCGCAAGAGUACAGGCACUGUCAUCUGGGACUCUCAGGUCCUGGGCUUCACCUUCAAUGACAUGUUCAUCCGCAUCUCCACCCGCCUCCCGUCCCAGUACAUCUAUGGCUUUGGGGAAACGGAGCACACGGCCUAUAGGAGAGACUUGAACUGGCACACGUGGGGCAUGUUCUCCAGAGAUGAGCCCCCGGGGUACAAGAAGAAUUCCUAUGGCGUCCACCCGUACUACAUGGGUCUGGAGGAGGACGGCAGUGCCCACGGAGUGCUCCUGCUCAACAGCAACGCCAUGGAUGUGACUUUCCAGCCCAUGCCGGCCCUGACAUACCGAACCACAGGAGGAGUCCUGGACUUUUAUGUGUUCUUGGGGCCAACUCCAGAGCUUGUCACUCAGCAGUACACUGAGGUCAUUGGCCGGCCUGUCAUGGUGCCUUACUGGUCCCUGGGGUUCCAGCUGUGUCGCUAUGGAUACGAGAAUGAUGCUGAGAUCUCCAGUUUGUAUGAUGAGAUGGUGGCCGCACAGAUCCCCUAUGACGUGCAGUACUCGGACAUUGACUACAUGGAGCGGCAGCUGGACUUCACCCUCAGCCCCAAGUUCUCUGGGUUGCCAGCCCUGAUCAACCGCAUGAAGGCCGCUGGCAUGCGGGUCAUCCUCAUUCUGGACCCAGCCAUUUCUGGCAAUGAGACAGAGCCCUAUCCUGCCUUCACUCGUGGUGUGGAGGAUGAUGUCUUCAUCAAGUUUCCCAAUGAUGGAGAAAUUGUCUGGGGCAAGGUCUGGCCUGAUUUUCCUAACAUUGUGGUUAACAGCUCUCUGGACUGGGACAGUCAAGUGGAGCAAUACAGAGCUUAUGUGGCCUUCCCAGACUUUUUCCGGAACUCAACUGUCCUGUGGUGGAAGAGGGAAAUGGAAGAGCUCUAUACCAAUCCACAGAGUCCAGAGAAGAGCUUGAAGUUUGAUGGCAUGUGGAUUGAUAUGAAUGAACCUUCGAGCUUCGUGAAUGGGGCAGUUGCUCCUGGCUGCAGGGAUACAGCACUGAACCACCCUCCAUACAUGCCACACGUGGAUGGCAGGGACAGAGGCCUGAGCAGCAAGACCCUGUGCAUGGAGAGCGAGCAGAUCCUCCCAGACGGCUCGCGGGUGCGGCACUACGACGUCCACAGCCUGUAUGGCUGGUCCCAGACCAGACCCACCUACGAGGCCGUGCAGGAGGUGACAGGGCAGAGAGGCAUCGUCAUCACCCGCUCCACAUUCCCUUCUUCUGGACGCUGGGCAGGACACUGGCUGGGAGACAACACCGCUGCCUGGGACCAGCUGAAGAAAUCUAUCAUUGGCAUGAUGGAGUUCAGCCUCUUUGGCAUAUCCUAUACAGGGGCAGACAUCUGUGGGUUCUUUCAAGAUGCGGAGCAUGAGAUGUGUGCUCGCUGGAUGCAGCUGGGGGCCUUCUACCCCUUCUCCAGGAACCACAACACCAUCGGGACCAGGAGACAAGACCCUGUGUCCUGGGAUGCUGCCUUUGUGGAUCUUUCCAGAAGUGUCAUAGAGACCAGAUACACCCUGCUGCCAUAUCUCUACACGUUGAUGCACAAGGCCAACACGGAGGGCGUCACUGUGGUGCGGCCUCUCCUCCAUGAGUUUGUGUCUGACCGGGAGACCUGGGCUAUUGACAGUCAGUUCCUGCUGGGUGCAGCCUUCCUGGUCAGCCCUGUCCUGGAGCCUAAUGCCAGAAAUGUGACAGCAUAUUUCCCUAAAGCCCACUGGUAUGACUACUACACGGGUGCACAAAUCAAUGCAAGCAGAGAGUGGAAGGUCCUGCCAGCACCUCUGGACCACAUCAAUCUUCAUGUGCGUGGGGGCCACAUCCUGCCCUGGCAGGAGCCUGCACUGAACACCCACCUCAGCCGCCAGAAGCCUCUUGGUCUUAUCAUUGCCCUGGAUGAGAACAAUGAAGCCAGAGGUGAACUUUUCUGGGAUGACGGGCAGUCAAAGGAUACUGUGGCCAAUAAUGUUUAUGUUUUAUGUGAGUUUUCCGCCAGCCAGACCCACCUGAAUGUGACUAUUUCCAAAUCAGCCUACAAAGAUCCCAAUAACUUAGCAUUCCAGCAGAUUAAAAUCUUUGGGACCAAGGCACUGAGCAACAUCACAGUGAAACAGAAUGGUGUCCUAGCUCCAAUGUCUCCUAACAUCACUUAUGAUCCUAACCUGAGGGUCGCUGUGAUCACAGGCAUCCAUCUGGUCCUGGGAGAAGCAUACACAGUACAGUGGGACAUCAGCACAAGAGACGAGGAGAAAAUAGACUGUUAUCCUGAUGAGCAUGGAGCUACUGAGGCCAAUUGCAUAGCCCGAGGCUGCGCCUGGGAGGCAUCCAAUAUCCCUGGGGUCCCACACUGCUACUUUGUGAACGAUCUGUAUUCAGUCAGCAAUGUGCAGUAUAACUCCCAUGGGGCCACCGCUGACAUCUCCUUGAAGUCUUCUCCUUAUGUCACUGCCUUCCCCUCCACACCUGUGAGCCCCCUGCGCCUGCUCGUGACCUACCACAAGAAUGAAAUGCUGCAGUUCAAGAUUUUUGAUCCCAACAACAAGCGAUAUGAAGUCCCAGUCCCUCUGAACAUCCCCAGCACUCCAUCCAGCUCUUCUGAGGCCCGCCUCUAUGAGGUUCUCAUUAAGGAGAAUCCAUUUGGGAUUGAAAUUCGCCGCAAGAGUACAGGCACUGUCAUCUGGGACUCUCAGGUCCUGGGCUUCACCUUCAAUGACAUGUUCAUCCGCAUCUCCACCUGCCUCCCGUCCCAGUACAUCUAUGGCUUUGGGGAAACGGAGCACACGGCCUAUAGGAGAGACUUGAACUGGCACACGUGGGGCAUGUUCUCCAGAGACGAGCCCCCGGGGUACAAGAAGAAUUCCUAUGGCGUCCACCCGUACUACAUGGGCCUGGAGGAGGACGGCAGUGCCCACGGAGUGCUCCUGCUCAACAGCAAUGCCAUGGAUGUGACAUUCCAGCCCAUGCCGGCCCUGACAUACCGCACCACAGGGGGAGUCCUGGACUUUUAUGUGUUCUUGGGACCAACUCCAGAGCUUGUCACUCAGCAGUACACUGAGGUGAUUGGCCGGCCUGUCAUGGUGCCUUACUGGUCCCUGGGGUUCCAGCUGUGUCGCUAUGGAUACGAGAAUGAUGCUGAGAUCUCCAGCUUGUAUGAUGAGAUGGUGGCAGCACAGAUCCCCUAUGACGUGCAGUACUCGGACAUCGACUACAUGGAGCGGCAGCUGGACUUCACCCUCAGCCCCAAGUUCUCUGGGUUGCCCGCCCUGAUCAACCGCAUGAAGGCUGCUGGCAUGCGGGUCAUCCUCAUUCUGGACCCAGCCAUUUCUGGCAAUGAGACAGAGCCCUAUCCUGCCUUCACUCGUGGUGUGGAGGAUGAUGUCUUCAUCAAGUUUCCCAAUGAUGGAGGAAUUGUCUGGGGCAAGGUCUGGCCAGAUUUCCCUAAUAUUGUGGUUAACAGUUCUCUGGACUGGGACAGCCAAGUGGAGCAAUACAGAGCUUAUGUGGCCUUCCCAGACUUUUUCCGGAACUCGACUGCUCUGUGGUGGAAGAGGGAAAUGGAAGAGGUCUACACCAAUCCACAGAGUCCAGAGAAGAGCUUGAAGUUUGAUGGCAUGUGGAUUGAUAUGAAUGAACCUUCGAGCUUCGUGAACGGGGCAGUUGCUCCUGGCUGCAGGGAUACAACUCUGAACCGCCCUCCCUACAUGCCACAUUUGGCAGGCAGGGACAGAGGCCUGAGCAGCAAGACCCUGUGCAUGGAGAGCGAGCAGAUCCUCCCAGAUGGCUCGCGGGUGCGGCACUACGACGUCCACAGCCUGUAUGGCUGGUCCCAGACCAGACCCACCUACGAGGCCAUGCAGGAGGUGACAGGGCAGAGAAGUAUCGUCAUCACCCGCUCCACAUUCCCUUCUUCUGGACGCUGGGCAGGACACUGGCUGGGAGACAACACUGCUGCCUGGGACCAGCUGAAGAAAUCUAUCAUUGGUAUGAUGGAGUUCAGCCUCUUUGGCAUAUCCUAUACAGGGGCAGACAUCUGUGGGUUCUUUCAAGAUGCGGAGUAUGAGAUGUGUGCUCGCUGGAUGCAGCUGGGGGCCUUCUACCCCUUUUCCAGGAACCACAACACCAUCGGGACCAGGAGACAAGACCCUGUGUCCUGGGAUGCUGCCUUUGUGGAUCUUUCCAGAAGUGUCAUAGAGACCAGAUACACCCUGCUGCCAUAUCUCUACACGUUGAUGCACAAGGCCAACACGGAGGGCGUCACUGUGGUGCGGCCUCUCCUCCAUGAGUUUGUGUCUGACCGGGAGACCUGGGCUAUUGACAGUCAGUUUCUGCUGGGCGCAGCCUUCCUGGUCAGCCCUGUCCUGGAGCCUAAUGCCAGAAAUGUGACAGCUUACUUCCCUAAUGCCCACUGGUAUGACUUCUACACGGGUGCACAAAUCAAUGCAAGCAGAGAGUGGAAGGUCCUGCCAGCACCUCUGGACCACAUCAAUCUUCAUGUGCGUGGGGGCCACAUCCUGCCCUGGCAGGAGCCUGCACUGAACACUCACCUCAGCCGCCAGAAGCCUCUUGGUCUUAUCAUUGCCCUGGAUGACAACAAUGUAGCCAGAGGUGAACUUUUCUGGGAUGACGGGCAGUCAAAGGAUACUGUGGCCAAUGAUGUUUACAUUUUAUGUGAAUUUACGGCCAGCCAGACCCACCUGGAUGUGACUAUUUCCAAAGCAACUUACAAAGACCCCAAUAACUUAGCAUUCCAGCAGAUUAAAAUCUUUGGGACUCAGGCACUGAGCAACAUCACAGUGAAACAGAAUGGUGUCCUUGCUCCAAUGUCUCCUAAAGCCACUUAUGAUCCUAACCUGAGGGUCGCUGUGAUCACAGGCAUCCGUCUGGUCCUGGGAGAAGCAUACACAGUAGAGUGGGACAUCGGCAUAAAGGACCAGGAGAAGAUAGACUGUUACCCCGAUGAGCAUGGAGCUACUGAGGCCAGCUGCAUGGCCCGAGGCUGUGUCUGGGAGGCAUCCAGUAUCCCUGGGGUCCCACACUGCUACUUUGUGAACGAUCUGUAUUCAGUCAGCAAUGUGCAGUAUAACUCCCAUGCGGCCACAGCUGACAUCUCCUUGAAGUCUUCUCCUUAUGUCACUGCCUUCCCCUCCACACCUGUGAGCCCCCUGCGCCUGCUCGUGACCUACCACAAGAAUGAAAUGCUGCAGUUCAAGAUUUAUGAUCCCAGCAACAGCCGUUAUGAAGUCCCAGUCCCUCUGAACAUUCCCAGCACUCCAUCCAGCUCCUCUGAGGCCCGUCUCUAUGAGGUUCUCAUUAAGGAGAAUCCAUUUGGGAUUGAAAUUCGCCGCAAGAGUACAGGCACUGUCAUCUGGGACUCUCAGGUCCUGGGCUUCACCUUCAAUGACAUGUUCAUCCGCAUCUCCACCCGCCUCCCGUCCCAGUACAUCUAUGGCUUUGGGGAAACGGAGCACACGGCCUAUAGGAGAGACUUGAACUGGCACACGUGGGGCAUGUUCUCCAGAGACGAGCCCCCGGGGUACAAGAAGAAUUCCUAUGGCGUCCACCCGUACUACAUGGGCCUGGAGGAGGACGGCAGUGCCCACGGAGUGCUCCUGCUCAACAGCAAUGCCAUGGAUGUGACUUUCCAGCCCAUGCCGGCCCUGACAUACCGCACCACAGGAGGAGUCCUGGACUUUUAUGUGUUCCUGGGACCAACUCCAGAGCUUGUCACGCAGCAGUACACUGAGGUGAUUGGCCGGCCUGUCAUGGUGCCUUACUGGUCCCUGGGGUUCCAGCUGUGUCGCUAUGGAUACGAGAAUGAUGCUGAGAUCUCCAGCUUGUAUGAUGAGAUGGUGGCCGCACAGAUCCCCUAUGACGUGCAGUACUCGGACAUCGACUACAUGGAGCGGCAGCUGGACUUCACCCUCAGCCCCAAGUUCUCUGGGUUGCCCGCCCUGAUCAACCGCAUGAAGGCCGCUGGCAUGCGGGUCAUCCUCAUUCUGGACCCAGCCAUUUCUGGCAAUGAGACAGAGCCCUAUCCUGCCUUCACUCGUGGUGUGGAGGAUGAUGUCUUCAUCAAGUUUCCCAAUGAUGGAGGAAUUGUCUGGGGCAAGGUCUGGCCAGAUUUCCCUAAUAUUGUGGUUAACAGUUCUCUGGACUGGGACAGCCAAGUGGAGCAAUACAGAGCUUAUGUGGCCUUCCCAGACUUUUUCCGGAACUCGACUGCUCUGUGGUGGAAGAGGGAAAUGGAAGAGGUCUACACCAAUCCACAGAGUCCAGAGAAGAGCUUGAAGUUUGAUGGCAUGUGGAUUGAUAUGAAUGAACCUUCGAGCUUCGUGAACGGGGCAGUUGCUCCUGGCUGCAGGGAUACAACUCUGAACCGCCCUCCCUACAUGCCACAUUUGGCAGGCAGGGACAGAGGCCUGAGCAGCAAGACACUGUGCAUGGAGAGCGAGCAGAUCCUCCCAGACGGCUCGCGGGUGCGGCACUACGACGUCCACAGCCUGUAUGGCUGGUCCCAGACCAGACCCACCUACGAGGCCAUGCAGGAGGUGACAGGGCAGAGAAGCAUCGUCAUCACCCGCUCCACAUUCCCUUCUUCUGGACGCUGGGCAGGACACUGGCUGGGAGACAACACAGCUGCCUGGGACCAGCUGAAGAAAUCUAUCAUUGGCAUGAUGGAGUUCAGCCUCUUUGGCAUAUCCUACACGGGGGCAGACAUCUGUGGGUUCUUUCAAGAUGCGGAGUAUGAGAUGUGUGCUCGCUGGAUGCAGCUGGGGGCCUUCUACCCCUUUUCCAGGAACCACAACACCAUCGGGACCAGGAGACAAGACCCUGUGUCCUGGGAUGCUGCCUUUGUGGAUCUUUCGAGGAGUGUCAUAGAGACCAGAUACACCCUGCUGCCAUAUCUCUACACGUUGAUGCACAAGGCCAACACGGAGGGCGUCACUGUGGUGCGGCCUCUCCUCCAUGAGUUUCUGUCUGACCGGGAGACCUGGGCUAUUGACAGUCAGUUCCUGCUGGGCGCAGCCUUCCUGGUCAGCCCUGUCCUGGAGCCUAAUGCCAGAAAUGUGACAGCUUAUUUCCCUAAUGCCCACUGGUAUGAUUUCUACACGGGUGCACAAAUCAAUGCAAGCAGAGAGUGGAAGGUCCUGCCAGCACCUCUGGACCACAUCAAUCUUCAUGUGCGUGGGGGCCACAUCCUGCCCUGGCAGGAGCCUGCACUGAACACCCACCUCAGCCGCCAGAACCCUCUUGGUCUUAUCAUUGCCCUGGAUGAGAACAAUGAAGCCAGAGGUGAACUUUUCUGGGAUGAUGGGCAGUCAAAGGAUACUGUGACCAAUGAUGUUUACAUUUCAUGUGAGUUUACGGCCAGCCAGACCCACCUGGAUGUGACUAUUUCCAAAGCAACCUACAAAGACCCCAAUAACUUAGCAUUCCAGCAGAUUAAAAUCUUUGGGACUCAGGCACUGAGCAACAUCACAGUGAAACAGAAUGGUGUCCUUGCUCCAAUGUCUCCUAAAGCCACUUAUGAUCCUAACCUGAGGGUCGCUGUGAUCACAGGCAUCCGUCUGGUCCUGGGAGAAGCAUACACAGUACAGUGGGACAUCGGCAUAAAGGACCAGGAGAAGAUAGACUGUUAUCCCGAUGAGCAUGGAGCUACUGAGGCCAGCUGCAUGGCCCGCGGCUGCGUCUGGGAGGCAUCCAGUAUCCCUGGGGUCCCACACUGCUACUUUGUGAACGAUCUGUAUUCAGUCAGCAAUGUGCAGUAUAACUCCCAUGGGGCCACAGCUGACAUCUCCUUGAAGUCUUCUCCUUAUGUCACUGCCUUCCCCUCCACACCUGUGAGCCCCCUGCGCCUGCUCGUGACCUACCACAAGAAUGAAAUGCUGCAGUUCAAGAUUUAUGAUCCCAGCAACAGCCGUUAUGAAGUCCCAGUCCCUCUGAACAUUCCCAGCACUCCAUCCAGCUCUUCUGAGGCCCGACUCUAUGAGGUUCUCAUUAAGGAAAAUCCAUUUGGGAUUGAAAUUCGCCGCAAGAGUACAGGCACUGUCAUCUGGGACUCUCAGGUCCUGGGCUUCACCUUCAAUGACAUGUUCAUCCGCAUCUCCACCCGCCUCCCGUCCCAGUACAUCUAUGGCUUUGGGGAAACGGAGCACACGGCCUAUAGGAGAGACUUGAACUGGCACACGUGGGGCAUGUUCUCCAGAGACGAGCCCCCGGGGUACAAGAAGAAUUCCUAUGGCGUCCACCCGUACUACAUGGGCCUGGAGGAGGACGGCAGUGCCCACGGAGUGCUCCUGCUCAACAGCAAUGCCAUGGAUGUGACUUUCCAGCCCAUGCCGGCCCUGACAUACCGCACCACAGGAGGAGUCCUGGACUUUUAUGUGUUCUUGGGACCAACUCCAGAGCUUAUCACGCAGCAGUACACUGAGGUGAUUGGCCGGCCUGUCAUGGUGCCUUACUGGUCCCUGGGGUUCCAGCUGUGUCGCUAUGGAUACGAGAAUGAUGCUGAGAUCUCCAGCUUGUAUGAUGAGAUGGUGGCCGCACAGAUCCCCUAUGACGUGCAGUACUCGGACAUCGACUACAUGGAGCGGCAGCUGGACUUCACCCUCAGCCCCAAGUUCUCUGGGUUGCCCGCCCUGAUCAACCGCAUGAAAGCUGCUGGCAUGCGGGUCAUCCUCAUUCUGGACCCAGCCAUUUCUGGCAAUGAGACAGAGCCCUAUCCUGCCUUCACUCGUGGUGUGGAGGAUGAUGUCUUCAUCAAGUUUCCCAAUGAUGGAGGAAUUGUCUGGGGCAAGGUCUGGCCAGAUUUCCCUAAUAUUGUGGUUAACAGUUCUCUGGACUGGGACAGCCAAGUGGAGCAAUACAGAGCUUAUGUGGCCUUCCCAGACUUUUUCCGGAACUCGACUGCUCUGUGGUGGAAGAGGGAAAUGGAAGAGGUCUACACCAAUCCACAGAGUCCAGAGAAGAGCUUGAAGUUUGAUGGCAUGUGGAUUGAUAUGAAUGAACCUUCGAGCUUCGUGAACGGGGCAGUUGCUCCUGGCUGCAGGGAUACAACUCUGAACCGCCCUCCCUACAUGCCACAUUUGGCAGGCAGGGACAGAGGCCUGAGCAGCAAGACCCUGUGCAUGGAGAGCGAGCAGAUCCUCCCAGACGGCUCGCGGGUGCGGCACUACGACGUCCACAGCCUGUAUGGCUGGUCUCAGACCAGACCCACCUACGAGGCCAUGCAGGAGGUGACAGGGCAGAGAAGCAUCGUCAUCACCCGCUCCACAUUCCCUUCUUCUGGACGCUGGGCAGGACACUGGCUGGGAGACAAUACUGCUGCCUGGGACCAGCUGAAGAAAUCUAUCAUUGGCAUGAUGGAGUUCAGCCUCUUUGGCAUAUCCUAUACAGGGGCAGACAUCUGUGGGUUCUUUCAAGAUGCGGAGUAUGAGAUGUGUGCUCGCUGGAUGCAGCUGGGGGCCUUCUACCCCUUUUCCAGGAACCACAACACCAUCGGGACCAGGAGACAAGACCCUGUGUCCUGGGAUACUGCCUUUGUGGAUCUUUCGAGGAGUGUCAUAGAGACCAGAUACACCCUGCUGCCAUAUCUCUACACGUUGAUGCACAAGGCCAACACGGAGGGCGUCACUGUGGUGCGGCCUCUCCUCCAUGAGUUUGUGUCUGACCGGGAGACCUGGGCUAUUGACAGUCAGUUCCUGCUGGGCGCAGCCUUCCUGGUCAGCCCUGUCCUGGAGCCUAAUGCCAGAAAUGUGACAGCUUAUUUCCCUAAUGCCCACUGGUAUGAUUUCUACACGGGUGCACAAAUCAAUGCAAGCAGAGAGUGGAAGGUCCUGCCAGCACCUCUGGACCACAUCAAUCUUCAUGUGCGUGGGGGCCACAUCCUGCCCUGGCAGGAGCCUGCACUGAACACCCACCUCAGCCGCCAGAAGCCUCUUGGUCUUAUCAUUGCCCUGGAUGAGAACAAUGAAGCCAGAGGUGAACUUUUCUGGGAUGAUGGGCAGUCAAAGGAUACUGUGGCCAAUGAUGUUUACAUUUUAUGUGAGUUUACGGCCAGCCAGACCCACCUGGAUGUGACUAUUUCCAAAGCAACCUACAAAGACCCCAAUAACUUAGCAUUCCAGCAGAUUAAAAUCUUUGGGACUCAGGCACUGAGCAACAUCACAGUGAAACAGAAUGGUGUCCUUGCUCCAAUGUCUCCUAAAGCCACUUAUGAUCCUAACCUGAGGGUCGCAGUGAUCACAGGCAUCCGUCUGGUCCUGGGAGAAGCAUACACCGUACAGUGGGACAUCGGCAUAAAGGACCAGGAGAAGAUAGACUGUUAUCCUGAUGAGCAUGGAGCUACUGAGGCCAGCUGCAUGGCCCGUGGCUGCGUCUGGGAGGCAUCCAGUAUCCCUGGGGUCCCACACUGCUACUUUGUGAACGAUCUGUAUUCAGUCAGCAAUGUGCAGUAUAACUCCCAUGGGGCCACAGCUGACAUCUCCUUGAAGUCUUCUCCUUAUGUCACUGCCUUCCCCUCCACACCUGUGAGCCCCCUGCGCCUGCUCGUGACCUACCACAAGAAUGAAAUGCUGCAGUUCAAGAUUUAUGAUCCCAACAACAAGCGAUAUGAAGUCCCAGUCCCUCUGAACAUCUCCAGCACUCCAUCCAACUCCUCUGAGGCCCGACUCUAUGAGGUUCUCAUUAAGGAAAAUCCAUUUGGGAUUGAAAUUCGCCGCAAGAGUACAGGCACUGUCAUCUGGGACUCUCAGGUCCUGGGCUUCACCUUCAAUGACAUGUUCAUCCGCAUCUCCACCCGCCUCCCGUCCCAGUACAUCUAUGGCUUUGGGGAAACGGAGCACACGGCCUAUAGGAGAGACUUGAACUGGCACACGUGGGGCAUGUUCUCCAGAGACGAGCCCCCGGGGUACAAGAAGAAUUCCUAUGGCGUCCACCCGUACUACAUGGGCCUGGAGGAGGACGGCAGUGCCCACGGAGUGCUCCUGCUCAACAGCAAUGCCAUGGAUGUGACUUUCCAGCCCAUGCCGGCCCUCACAUACCGCACCACAGGGGGAGUCCUGGACUUUUAUGUGUUCUUGGGGCCAACUCCAGAGCUUGUCACUCAGCAGUACACUGAGGUCAUUGGCCGGCCUGUCAUGGUGCCUUACUGGUCCCUGGGGUUCCAGCUGUGUCGCUAUGGAUACGAGAAUGAUGCUGAGAUUUCCAACUUGUAUGAUGAGAUGGUGGCCGCACAGAUCCCCUAUGACGUGCAGUACUCGGACAUCGACUACAUGGAGCGGCAGCUGGACUUCACCCUCAGCCCCAAGUUCUCUGGGUUGCCCGCCCUGAUCAACCGCAUGAAGGCCGCUGGCAUGCGGGUCAUCCUCAUUCUGGACCCAGCCAUUUCUGGCAAUGAGACAGAGCCCUAUCCUGCCUUCACUCGUGGUGUGGAGGAUGAUGUCUUCAUCAAGUUUCCCAAUGAUGGAGGAAUUGUCUGGGGCAAGGUCUGGCCAGAUUUCCCUAAUAUUGUGGUUAACAGUUCUUUGGACUGGGACAGCCAAGUGGAGCAAUACAGAGCUUAUGUGGCCUUCCCAGACUUUUUCCGGAACUCGACUGCUCUGUGGUGGAAGAGGGAAAUGGAAGAGGUCUACACUAAUCCACAGAGUCCAGAGAAGAGCUUGAAGUUCGAUGGCAUGUGGAUUGAUAUGAAUGAACCUUCGAGCUUCGUGAACGGGGCAGUUGCUCCUGGCUGCAGGGAUACAACUCUGAACCGCCCUCCCUACAUGCCACAUUUGGCAGGCAGGGACAGAGGCCUGAGCAGCAAGACCCUGUGCAUGGAGAGCGAGCAGAUCCUCCCAGACGGCUCGCGGGUGCGGCACUACGACGUCCACAGCCUGUAUGGCUGGUCCCAGACCAGACCCACCUACGAGGCCAUGCAGGAGGUGACAGGGCAGAGAAGCAUCGUCAUCACCCGCUCCACAUUCCCUUCUUCUGGACGCUGGGCAGGACACUGGCUGGGAGACAACACAGCUGCCUGGGACCAGCUGAAGAAAUCUAUCAUUGGCAUGAUGGAGUUCAGCCUCUUUGGCAUAUCCUAUACAGGGGCAGACAUCUGUGGGUUCUUUCAAGAUGCGGAGUAUGAGAUGUGUGCUCGCUGGAUGCAGCUGGGGGCCUUCUACCCCUUCUCCAGGAACCACAACACCAUCGGGACCAGGAGACAAGACCCUGUGUCCUGGGAUGCUGCCUUUGUGGAUCUUUCCAGAAGUGUCAUAGAGACCAGAUACACCUUGUUGCCAUAUCUCUACACAUUGAUGCACAAGGCCAACACAGAGGGUGUCACUGUGGUGCGGCCUCUCCUCCAUGAGUUUGUGUCUGACCAGGAGACCUGGGAUAUUGACAGUCAGUUCCUGUUGGGUCCAGCCUUCCUGGUCAGCCCUGUCCUGGAGCCUAAUGCCAGAAACGUGACAGCGUAUUUCCCUAGGGCCCGCUGGUACGAUUUCUACACGGGUGCACAAAUCAAUGCAAGCGGAGAGUGGAAGGUCCUGCCAGCACCUCUGGACCACAUCAAUCUUCAUGUGCGUGGGGGCCACAUCCUGCCCUGGCAGGAGCCUGCACUGAACACCCACCUCAGCCGCCAGAAAUUUCUGGGCUUCAAGGUUGCCUUGGAUAGCGAAGGAACGGCUGAGGGCUGGCUCUUCUGGGAUGAUGGGCAAAGCAUAGAUACCUACAGAAAUGGACAGUAUUAUUUGGCCCGCUUUUCUGUCAGCCAGAAUACAAUGAAGAUGGAUGUGAUUUUCAACCAUUACAUCACUGGUACCAACCCUUUGAAGCUGGGCUAUAUUGAAAUCUGGGGAGUGGGCGGCAUCUCCGUAACCUCCGUGAGCAUCACUGAAAAUAACACGAACUCAGCAAUCCCCUUUGAAUACGACCCUGCUGCACAGGUUCUAAGCAUCAAUGUGACCAGCAGAGCCACCAGCCUGCAUCAUUUCAAUUCACUGACAUGGAAUAUCUCUCCAUAAAACUUUAGUGUAAGAUACUGAUUAUAAAUAUAUCUGAAACACAGCCUUGUGUGUUGCUAAUUGAACAAUACCCAAUAUGAAUAUAGUAUUUUAUUGAUUUUC